CCAUAUGCUUGUCGGUGCGCUACCCCUCGUCUUGAGGUGAUAUCACUCGCUAAAUUAGAGCGAAUCCCUGCUCUAGGGUCAUAGCGAGCCUAGCACCCCUGGUCAGGCAGAUAGAGAGAUAGUGGGAGUGAGAGAAGACAUGAAGCGAAUCGACUCUAAUCUUUAUGCUGCUUGUAUAUAAAGGAUUUGUUUUCGAUUCCAGGGUUACUGAGAGCUCCCCGGAUGAGUCAAGAUUGGCUCUAAUCACAUCAAUUACACGGGUUUUGCUCAGAGCUCCUGUUUCGCGAGCUGGAACAUCAAACUUUUCAAGUUGGCUUUUUGUGAAGUUGCACUCAAGCGUAAGGCCAAAAUGUCCGAUUUUUCAAGGAUUUUAAACUUUUUGGUUUACGCUACUGUUUUAGCGUGUGUGAAAUGUGGUCGCCAAAGUAGACAAUUUGUUGUCAGGGAGACAAAAUAUGGAACAGUUCGUGGCUUUGUUGAUCAUGUACACUCAAACCACAAAGUUGAAAAAUAUCUCGGGAUUCCCUAUGCAUCUCCUCCGGUUGGAAAGCUUAGAUUUGAGUUUCCGAUUCCCCCUCCACACUGGGGAGAAAUCAACGCACUGGAGUUUCCCCCGGCUUGUCCUCAACCAAAAGUCGGAGUUAGCUACAUCGAGUACCUCGUCCCUGGUUUCAACAGGACAAACGAGGACUGCUUAUACCUAAACAUUUAUGUACCUAAGCACAGCCACCACCAGAAGAACAGGAAGCCCUACCCCAUCAUGGUGUACAUCCACGGAGGGUCCUACCAGACCGGCAUGGGGUCAAUGCUAGACGGUGCACCGUUGGCCACACAUGAAGUCAUCGUCGUCACGAUAAACUACAGACUGGGACCUCUCGGUUUCCUGUCUGCUGCGGAUUCUGAAAUACCUGGAAAUUUCGGAAUGCUUGACCAAAUACAAGCUUUGAAGUGGAUAAAGGAGAAUAUAGCCGGAUUUGGUGGUGAUCCAGAGCGAGUUACUAUAGAUGGCCACAGUGCCGGAGGCUGCAGUGUUGGUCUACUGAUGUUUUCUCCUUUAGCAAGAGGUCUGUUUCAAGGAGUAAUUCAGCAAAGCGGCUCCCCCUUUGCUCACUGGGCUUUGACGAGACACAGGAGAGGACCUGACUUUUACUUCAAGUUUUUUUCAGCUGCAUUAGGGUGUGCAGCGAAUAGCACGAAAGUGAUCAAAAAGUGCCUCAAAAGCCUACCGUCCGAAGAGAUAGAGAGAAUGAUAUAUGAGAAGAUUGAGGCAAGUAGCAUGUUUUACGGAACCAGUGCAGUGGACGUCAUGAAGAAGUGA